UGACUUCAGACGCCAUUUUGUCAGCCAUUUCCUACGCUGAUCCAUUGCCAGCGUCUGUCUGCACAGCUCGGGACGCACCGUCCGGCCUCAGCAGCAGCAGCAGCAGUAGCUCUCCCCUACCCACCCGGGCUCGGUAGACUGUAGCGGACCGCCAACUCCACUGGUACCCGGGUGGAUGACAGACUAGCCCCGUUGUCGGUCUGCACCCAGAGAAGGACCCUCUCCGCGAGGCGCCUGGCCCCGCGGGACAGAGACGGAGAGCAAGCGGCACGAGUCGCAGGCAGACAUGGCUUUGAAGAUUGUUAAAGGGAGCAUCGAUCGGAUGUUCGAUAAAAACCUCCAGGAUUUAGUACGUGGCAUUAGGAACCACAAGGAAGAUGAGGCCAAAUACAUCUCCACGUGCAUCGACGAGAUCAAACAGGAGCUCAAGCAGGACAACAUUGCUGUCAAGGCCAACGCCGUGUGCAAGCUCACCUACCUUCAGAUGCUGGGCUACGAUGUCAGCUGGGCUGCGUUCAACAUUGUUGAAGUCAUGAGUUCCUCUAAGUUCACAUACAAGAGGAUCGGUUACUUGGCAGCCUCGCAGUGCUUUCACGAGAGCACAGAUGUCAUCAUGCUGACAACCAAUCAGAUCCGAAAGGAUCUCAGUAGUCCCAACCAGUAUGACACAGGUGUUGCCCUAACAGGCCUGUCUUGUUUCGUCACCCCUGAUCUGGCUCGUGAUCUGGCUAACGACAUCAUGACCCUGAUGUCCCACACUAAGCCCUACAUCAGGAAGAAAGCCGUGCUGAUCAUGUAUAAGGUGUUUUUAAAGUACCCGGAGUCUUUACGCCCCGCUUUCCCAAGACUCAAGGAGAAACUGGAGGACCCAGAUCCAGGUGUCCAGUCAGCAGCGGUCAAUGUCAUAUGUGAGCUGGCGAGGAGGAACCCCAAGAACUACCUGUCUCUGGCCCCGCUUUUCUUCAAGCUGAUGACCUCUUCUACCAAUAACUGGGUUCUCAUUAAGAUCAUUAAACUGUUUGGAGCUCUUACGCCUCUGGAGCCAAGGUUGGGGAAGAAGCUUAUUGAACCCUUGACAAACCUAAUCCACAGUACCUCUGCCAUGUCUCUGCUGUAUGAAUGUGUCAACACCGUGAUCGCAGUGUUGAUUUCUUUGUCCUCUGGGAUGCCCAACCACAGCGCUAGUAUCCAGCUCUGUGUGCAGAAACUGCGAAUCCUGAUCGAAGACUCGGACCAGAACUUGAAAUACUUGGGCUUGCUCGCCAUGUCUAAGAUUCUGAAGACCCACCCCAAGUCGGUGCAGUCUCACAAGGACCUCAUCCUCCAGUGUCUGGAUGACAAAGAUGAAUCCAUUCGUCUCAGAGCGUUGGACCUGCUCUAUGGCAUGGUUUCUAAGAAGAACUUGAUGGAGAUUGUGAAGAAGCUGAUGCUGCACGUGGACAAAGCAGAAGGCACCACUUACAGGGAUGAGCUGCUCACCAAGAUCAUUGACAUUUGCAGCCAGAGCAAUUACCAAUACAUCACCAACUUUGAAUGGUACAUCAGUAUCCUGGUGGAGCUGACCCGAUUAGAGGGCACACGGCACGGUCACCUCAUCGCCUCUCAGAUGUUGGACGUGGCCAUUCGGGUCAAAGCGAUCCGAGCGUUCGCGGUGGCUCAGAUGGCCACUCUGCUGGACAACGCCCACCUGUUGACGGGGAACACGCAGCGCAACGGCAUCUGCGAGGUGCUGUACGCGGCAGCCUGGAUCUGCGGCGAGUUCUCGGAACACCUAGAGAACCCGAUGCAGACACUAGAGGCCAUGCUGCGGCCCAAGGUGGCCACGCUACCUGGCCACAUCCAGGCUGUGUAUGUUCAGAACGCAGCCAAGCUGUUUGCCACGGUGCUGAAGGGCCAGGAGGGCGACGCAGACGGCACAGCCGCACAGGAAGCCAGCCAGCUAAUGAUCGACAGGCUGCCGCUGUUCGUGCAGAGCGCCAACCUCGAAGUCCAGGAGAGGGCGUCCUGCAUCCUGCAGCUGGUCAAGUACAUCCAGAAGCUGCAACAGAAGGAUGUGGAAGUGGCAGAGGAAGUCAGUGCGCUGUUUGCUGGAGAACUCAACCCUGUGGCCCCCAAAGCCCAGAAGAAGGUUCCUGUUCCUGAAGGCCUGGACCUGGACGCCUGGAUCAACGAGCCGCCGUCUGAAAGCGAGUCUGAGGACGAGCAGCCCAAGGCCAUUUUUGCGAAGGAGGAGACGAAACACUCGCGACCUCGCCACACCGAGGUGGACGAGAAAGAGCUCGCAAGGAGGAGGGAAGCCAGGAAGCAGGAGCAGGCCAACAAUCCUUUCUACAUCAAGGCUUCCCCGUCCUCUCAAAAGGUUUAUCAAGAUGCUCCUGGGGUGGAGCACAUCCCAGUUGUGCAGAUUGACCUCAAUGUGCCUCUCAAAGUUCCAGGUCUGCCUAUGUCUGACCAGUAUGUGAAACUGGAGGAAGAGCGCCGCCAGAAAGCGAGAGCGGACAAGAAGAAGAAGGAAAAGAAGAAGAGGAAAGAAAAGCGCAGCGGCCGGGGGAAGAAACACGAUUCGGGUCCGGAGAGCGAGGAGGACAUCGCUCCAGCACACAUGGUGGACAUUGUUACAGAGGAGAUGCCAGAGAAUGCCUUACCCAGCGAUGAUGAUGAAAGGGACCCCAGUGACCCCCACAAAGCUCUGGACAUCGACCUGGACAAUUUGAUGGAGUCGGCUGGGCGCAGGCCUCUUGCAGACAGCGAGAAGCUGCCCGUCAGGUCACACCGUGCAGCUGAGGCCCAGAAAAGCCCAACAGACGGAGAAACCGAGAACGCAACUUUGCAGGAACCCAAGAAGAAGAGCAGCAAAGAAAAGAGGGAGAAGAAGAAAGAUAAAGACAGAGAUCGGAAGAAGAGCAAAGAAGAGAAAAAGAAGAAAAAACACAAAGAUGAGGACAAGGAGGAGGAUCUUCUCGGGGGCCAGGCUGACGAAGCUGUGCUCCAAUCUGAAGAAACGAGUCAAGUGGCAGCACCGCCAACUUCCGCUUCUACCCCUGCAGAGGUUUCGGAUCUGGAUUUCUGGCUCUCAAACGCUCCAGUGCCCUCUAACACCCAGGAAGCGGCUGCAGCAGCAGAAGCGGCCCCAGAGCCCUCCGUCACAGCGCCCGACUCUGAGCCAGAUGAACCCAAAGACACAGAAAUAGAGGAGACGAAGUCCUCAAAACACAAGAAGAAGAAGCAGAAAAAGGAAAAGGAGGAUAAGAAAAAGAAGAAGAAGCAUCAUCACCAUCACCACCAUAGUGACGGAGGCGGGGAAGAGUCGGUUCAGAACGGCACCGUCGAGGAGGAGGAGCCCCUCCCGCCAAUGUCCAAUUACUGCCUGCUGGCUGAGAACUCCUACAUCAAGAUGAUGAAGGAAGAUGCUGAAGAGGUGUAUGACAUCCAGGGGAACCUGCAGGAUGGCAGCCAGGUGGUUGUGUCGGUUAUAUUUGAAAACAAGUGCAGCAGCUUCCUCAAAUCCAUGGAGUUCAACGUGUUGGACUCUCUGAACUCCAAACUGCAGAGGCCAGAGGGCUCGGGUCCGCACGACGGCCUCGUCGUCCCCUUCCAGCUUCCUCCAGGAGUGUCCAAUGAGGCACGGUUUGUCUUCACUGUGCAAAGCAUCGUAAUGCCGCAGAAACUGAAGGGAACUCUAACCUUCAUUGUUAAGAAUGAAGACGGCUCAACUCAUGAGAAACUGGACUUUAAACUGCACUUUACCUGCACCUCCUACCUAAUCACUACUCCUUGUUACAGCGACGCGUUUGCAAAACUUCUGGAGUCGGGAGACCUGAAGAGCAGCUCGAUCCGCCUGGAGGGAGUUAAUAUGCCCUUCCACCAUCUGCUGGCCAGGAUCUGCUUUCACCACCACUUCUCAGUUGUGGAGAGGAUCGACUCCUGUGCCUCCAUGUACAGCAGGUCCAUCCAGGGUCACCACGUCUGUCUGCUGGUCAAAACCUCUGGUGAGACGGUGUCCAUCGACGCAAAAUGCGACGAGCCGACGCUGCUCGGGAAUGUGCUGGAUGAGAUCAAGCAGACCUUCUCUCAGUGCUGAUGUUUCUGACGACCCCAGGGUGACCCCCGACCCCUCCGUGCCACCCGCUCCCUCAUUAAAGCAACACAAUCGCGUUACGAAACACUGCGGCUGGCACUUCCAGCUUCACCCUAUUUAUUAGUCCUCAGAUUUUCAAGAUUUCCUCCUGCUCACCUCACCCCGGUGCCCCCUCACCGUUUCCUCCUCUGCACUCUCAGCUCCGUGGUCACUCACUCGUGCUCUCCGUUGUUUUACAGACUCACCGUCUACACGCUUCGUCUUCUCUGCGGUGGACUUUGAUUUUUUACUCGUGUUUUUUUUUUUUUUCCAGCUCCUCCUUCCUCCAGAUUUGCCUCGCGUCCCCUGCUCUCUCCGGCCUUACCCCUCCGCCCUCCCCGCUCUGCUGGCAGUUCAUUCUGUGACAGUCGUGUAAUGUAACAACUGGAUGUUUUGCUGUUGAUGGUUGAAUUGUACUUUCACUGUUUUGAGGUUUUAUGUUUUCGUCUGUAGUUUGUUUUUGUUUGAUCUACGGGUUUCUUCUCUUUCGUUUGACGCCCGUCUGCGCCUUUGUCUCGACUCCUCACUUCCUGCUUACUGUCAUCAGCGCAGCUCUGCUCGGUGGGCCUGGCAAAACAAUGCGACCGACUCUUUUGUUUCCAACUGGGUUCUAGCUGGGAGAAUGUAGAACUCUAACCUGGUCCCUCACAUGGUGAAUGAAGACUACAUAUUUGGGCAGCUGCAUCGAUAAUGAAGCAGGGAUGAAACCAAAGCUAAAUACACUAAACGGCGUUAAAGGUUUAAUAAAAAGCUAUCCCUAAUUUCUUAUCACCAAUGGUCAUAGCUGAUGUGGCGUUAAAAAAAAAAAAGACUUAAUGGUUAUGUUGUUUCUUUCUUCUUUUUUUUCUCUGUGCCUUUUCUCUUACUGUCUACUCAAGCCCUUCAGAAGAAUUUACAUAUCAUUCCUUCCAUAACUAAAACUGAUUAUUAUUGUUAUAUAGUAAAACUGACCACCAGGAAGGAAUAUACUCUAUCAGACGAGGUUUAGGCGUCCUAUGGUCCAGUAUUGGGUAAAUCCCACCGCGAGGAAGCUCCUCCUCCUCCUCCUCAUCCUCCUUGUGUUCGUGUGAAAUAUUUCCACCCGUGCCACUUGAACAUUUGCAUCACGGUUGUUCCGCCCAUGUCAGCCAGCACCCAGGUGACAUCCCUGGUGUUUCCCUGCCCUUCAGGAAACUGCCUUGCCUCUUUUCAUGCACUUUUGUGUCAUUUAGAAGUACGUUUUUCUUUUUUUCUUUGCUCCCACUUAGAUAAAUUUCUUGAUUUGUUUAUCUAGAUUUGAGUUAUUCAUUUUUGACUGCUUACCCUGUUUAGCAAGAUAAAAAAAAACAACAACUCUGUUCUUAUAUACUGUUAAGGCCCCUCCUUUGCAUCAGUCUGCUGUUGUAGAUAAUUAUGAUGAUGAUGAUGUCUGUGACCAGCAGGUCGGCCAUUCCACUUGAUAUUCAGUCUAGUUGUAGAGUCUGAAUACAGAGGUGAUUCGUUGUUUUUCAGGAAUGUCAAAAGAAAAUGACCAUGUAUGUAUUCCUUGUUCCUGAAAACAACCUCAGUGACUCCAAGAAAACUUGUCUCAUCAUUCAUUAUGAUCAUUAUGUGCAUAAAAUUAGAAUAAAAUCUGUAUAUUGCAUGAUUAGGAAUGUAAUUUUUUUUAUAUUUUCUUCUGUUAUUGUUUGAUCACAAGACAUGCUUAGACACAGUCAUUCCAUGAUGUUGUUUUUUUUAUUAUCCCCCCUAAGUAAUUUGUUUACUUGAUCAUUCUCUAUUUUCAAUGACAUUGUGUUUUUUCUUUUUUCUUUUUUUUUUUAACCUGUUCAGACGCGAUAUCAUGGAUGUUUUAAAUUAUUAAGGAAGGAAGAGUUGCGUGUCAUCACACCCAGGGCACAGGGCUGAGGUUUGGAAGUUCAGCUGAAGCAGUGUACCGAGAAGCAACCCACUGUCUCAAUUCUCUAUUUGUUUAGUUCAUUGUGAAGUCUUUUACCAAGUUUGGCUUGUGACAUUGAAAUAUACUCUCAAAUGAAAGGGUCAAUAUUUUCUAUCUCCUCCAUAUUCAGUAAUCAAGCUUACAGUAUCAUGAUGUCAAGAGGACGACAUAAAUUAUAUACUCUCCCUUUAAAGUCCACCACAAUUAGAAGUCAAUGCUGGGAGAAGCUUCUGUAGUCUUUUUUUUGUGUUACAAAAAUAAAUCAAUAAAAUCUUGCGUAUACCAAAUGGU